ACAUCCUUUUGCUACUGGGUAGUAUGGGGGUGUGCUGCAGCCCCGCUAAACGACAUCUGUUCGUCGAGAGGCUCAUCGCCUGCAUGGACAGUAACAUGCCUCUCCAUUUACGCCAUGCCGCUCUUCGUGCUGCUCACAAUGCCCGAGAACAAAUUGCCUCGAUUGAUGCCAUUGAUGAUUCGACGCUAUGGGACAUGAUUUUGACCAAGCUCUCUCCCGCUAUUCUGUCCGUGCUUUGUCCACACCCAGGUACAACACCCGCGAAUGAUGAUCCCAACCUCUUUUUCAAUUAUGGCCGCGACUUGUGCUAUCUCAGACUAGUCUUUACCCUCGCGAGGAAUUCUGACUGGCACCCCCAUUUGUUUUGGUAUCCCCAUAUUGAUCGGUGCAUUAGCAUGAUUCCACAGUACUGCAAAUCGAGGUACUACGGGCAUGCAUUUUUCGUAGCUGGUAUCCUCCUCCAAAUCACACCCGAACAGACAUCGGAUACAUCGCUCGAUUCUGUUACAGAGCAACAGUGGUGGGACGUGAUGAGAAGCGCAUGGGGGUAUUCUGUUCACACUGACGAUACACGCUAUCUCAAGCUCCUUCUUGUUCUUGUGGAUGGCACAAAGAAGUAUAUGCAGAUUGCUUCGAAAUCUGAUCUCGAGCAGCUCAUUGAAAAUGUGGAUCAGUUUAUCGAAGAACUGGAGGGGGACAUACGACAGAAGAGGCAGCUACACGAGAUAGGACAGGAGAUACAAGAUUCAGAGCAGGGAGAGGGGGUCAUCGCUGCUGCGAAGGAGUUGAGGACUGCAGCCAGCAACAUGGUGGAGAGCUUUGGUCAGUAAUCAUCAGUCCCCUAAUCAUGUCUUGCAUGCUGCGUUAGAGUCUUGGAAUAGAGAAAGCUAUGGGCAGUGUAUGCAUGGAAGUGGGGAGUAUCAAAACC